GUCGAGGGUUGUGAAGCAAGUUGUUUCGUGGGUGAUGGUUUCGUACGUAGCGAGCCUGCGGAGGAGGCGGAGGUGUCGAAUGUGAGGCCUCGUCCACUGUUUGUUCGUUUGUUGUUUGCCUGUGGCCGUGAGCGAGCGACCCGGGCCAUGGAUGUGCGUGGCUCUUUCUUCUGUCUUUGGUUUUAGCGUUUGUAGGUUCCUUCGGCUUUGGCAUGGCGAGGCGCUCGUUGAGCCGGCACAGCGACACGCAGAUCAGCGGAGGAGUUGCAGACGCAAAGUGGCCAGGAGCGCCAUGAGCACCUAACCCUAGCGAGGAUGAACUCUAAGUUUGGGAGGGCGGGGGGCGGGGGCCGCGGCUCGUCCAUGCGGGGCAUGAAGGAUACGGGCCCUCCCCCGCUGGGUCGCGGCAUGGCCUUGCUGCAGCCGCGUAUGCAGCAGUUGGGUGGAGGUGUAGGGGGAAUGCGAGGGGGCAUGAAGGAGCGUACGGUAGGCAUGGGGAAGGGGAGGUUAGGGGGCAGGGAUGGCGGUGCCGGGGUGCGGGGCGCAGGGCCGCCACCUCAAGAUGAGAAGUUCCAGCUGCAACAGUUCGAUGAGGAUGGGGUCCGGCCUUUUGCUAUGGCAAUUCGCCUCACUCCUGAGCUUCUUAGCGAUCUGAAGCGUGCGGAAGCGGAGGGCAGUGCUUGUCUGAUGAAGUUUGGGGUCACUCCGAAUGGGAAUGUAUUAAAAAUUGGAGACGAGGAAUUCAAAUUCAAUUCGGCUCCUGAAGACGGAGGUUUGUGUGAUAUUUUCGAGGAGCAACGAAGGGGCGAGGAUGGGAAUGGUAAACUGAAGGAAGCCGGAUCAGUGUGGCGCAAGCUAUCAGUGCUUAGAACCCUGAACGCAAGUGAGAAGGAUCGUGUGAAAAAACGAUCCGUGGAGGCUCAGCAACAACAAAAAUCUCGCAAAGCAAUCAUAUUGGAUCCAACCCAUUCUCAAAAGCUGACCCAGAAUUCUUCUAUUGCUGGCGAUGCAAUGGGCAGGAGACCACUCAUGAAGCCAAAGGUGGAGCCUCCUAGGAAGAAGCUCAAGCCCAAUAGCCCUGUUCGAAGUCCUUCUCGUCCCUCUGCACCUACUGCAAUACAAAAGCUAGUGGUAUCAACAGCUUCAGCAAUUGCUAGUGCGAAGGCUGCUAAGGAUGCGAAGGCUGCUUUAGUGGCCUCCCCAGAGCUUCCCGCACCUAAUAGAACAUCAUCUCUUCCGCCGCCGCCACCUAGUGGGAAGGCAGUUGCAGAAGAGAGCGCCGCUCCCAGCAGGUCCUCUUUGAUUCCGAUGGACAACACACCAAGUCCCGCAACGACUACCCCAGAUACUGCUGGUCUUGGCAAACCUGGAAAUACAAUUAGUGCAAGUGAGCUGCGCAACUGCCUCAUUGGGCUGCUUACAGAGAACCCAAAAGGAUUGACCCUCAAGGCAGUGGAGAAAGCCCUUGGAGAAUCAACUCCAUAUGUCAAACCUGAAAAGAAGACCAUUGAGAAGGCGAUUAGAGCUAUUGCAUCAUAUCAUGCACCGGGAAAGUACAUACUGAAGGAGGGAGUGACAUAUUCCAAACUCUCCCCAAACAGUGGAAGCUCCCAUGAUGAUGCAGCUGCUGAUUCUCCACCGCUUGUUGACUCUCCUCCACUGCCAGACGUGGCUGAUACCUCAAAUCACGACCAAAGUUCUGAUGGAGUGCGUCGUAGCGAAACUGGUUUACUGGGAGAUAAGCCCAGUUCACUUCACGCUCCGGUAGCCUGGAAAGGUUCUGCGAUUGUUCCAAAGCAUCAUGAAAAUGCUGUGAGUCGUGCAAUACGCAAAGCUAAUGAAAAUUACCAGAAGUCCCAGCCACAGUCUCAUCCAGAUCAUAAUACAAUCACUCUUACCACUCAUGCUCAACAUCCUGAAAGUAAAGUUGCAAAGGAUGAUGUAAAGGUUGAUACAGAGCAAAUUAGUGUAGGCGGUGGUGAGAGUGGAGAGAUCGAGAUUACAGAAGGUGAAAAUCACCCAGAUAUUAAUGAAGACAGUGAAAUAGACAGUCGAAGAGGUGGAAAUGAGUCUAUUCCCAACUCACCGAAGGAGAAAGCGAAGCCUGCGAAUAGUGUUGGCAGCGAAAGUAGCAGUUCCGCCUCCUCCAGUGAUAGUGAUUCUGAAAGCUCAGAUAGUGGUGAUAGUCGCAGCGGGACUAGUGGGAGUGACAGUGACAGUGAUGGGAGCAGCAGUGACAGUGAGGAUGAGAACAUGGAUGAAGAUGUUGAAAUUGUUAGCGACGACGAAGAUGGAGAUGAUCCACCUCAAAAACCUAAAUCAAACGACAAAAAGAAGGCAUCUCAUCAGUCGAAAGAUGCGAAACGAGCAAAGCAGAAACCUCCGGAGAAGCUUGUGACUCAGGAAUCAGAGGAGAUCGACAUUGGGAGCUAUGAUGGGGCAGUUCACCCUGAGGUUGAUCCAGGAGCAAGAGCCAAUGUGGUGGUAGAAAAUUUGGAUCAGGACGUUGCUGAUCCCGACUUGGAGGUAGAUGUUAUAUCUGUGGGCGGCGCUGAUUCACCACAAGAAUUGGGCUCUGCUACUCCGACUUCAGAGCAGCAGGCGGAGGAAAUCAAAAGAGAGGUUGCAAAUAUAUCCGUGAGUAAAAAUGAGAACACAAAUUCGUCUGACAGACCCAUCGCACGAGGGAGUACUUCAAGUGCUCCCAAGGAAGAACCUGCAUUGACUGGGGAAGUCGGGACGGAGAAGGAUAUUAGUAUUGGAAAGUCUACCGAAGUCCACAAACAUCCCUCGCUAUCCGGUACGCUGAAGGGACGUAUCAACAGCAUGGCGAUCAACCGUAAGAACACGCCUCCCAAUGUUAGCAACAAAGAUUCAGUAAAGGAUUCUCUAACACAAUCUCAUACGAAACCACCUACAAAGGAUUCUCCAGCUCAGAGUCUCUCUCCCUCACGACCUGAAACCGGUACAAAAUCCUCGCUAAGUUCUCCUGCAUUGAAGAAGGAUGCUAUGGAAAGUAGUCCUCGGCGGACCAAAGAAAAUGCUUCGAAGAGGCGGGUUAAUUCUGAAGCUCGAAAGUCCUUUUCCAAGGAUUCUAAAACUGAGAGCGAAGAACUUGUGGACAAGCUUGUUGAAGCACCUGUGCGGCCUCGGCCCAGGCCUGGUAAGUCGGCCGAGCCCAAUCGGAUGUCUAAGCCCGUCGAACCUCUGCAUGCAUCGAACGUAGGUGCUACGCCGGAGUCUGCUGCCAGAGUCUCAAGAGACGGUGAGAGUUCAGGACUUUUAGGAAGGGAUGCUGAAGCUGAGGCUCCGUAUAAUUCCUCAAGGCCUCUCCGCGAUGGACCCUGGCGUCACAAUCCUGAUGCUGGCUUGCUUGGGAAACCGGGGAAGAAUGUAGAGUACUUGGGACGGCCGCAGGGUAGAGAAACGGAGGGUAACGUGUUCAGUAGUAGACAGCUGAAGAACAUGCGAAGAGCUAGUAAUGAGCCAGAAGCAGCGAGAAGGAGUGAUUCAUUGAAUGAUUCAGAGUUGUGGGGGAAGCCGACGAGAGAUGUGGAUGGAGCGACCUUAGGUAAUGAUAGUGAGGUAAUGGUCAACAGGCUUAGGGAAGGUAGAAAAGAGCUCACUAGGCAGGAAGGUCCAAAAGGGUCCUUGUCUGGUAGUGCGAGUGGACAAACUGAGAAAAAAGGUAGAGAGAGUCUAGAUAGAGAGUCAGGUGAGUGGAGAGAAAGCACGCCAGGUAUAGAGCAGUUACCAGGGGAGAGUAGAGGGAGGGAUAGCUUGCGAGGUGAUCAAUUGAAAUCUAGAGCUGCGAUCGAGACAUCGGGUGCUAGUAGACCAUCUCAAAACAGCCCAGCAAGGGAGAAAGGUCGAGGUACGCCUAAAGUUGGAGGAGACUUAAGGAAGCCUUCCCCUGCAAAGGCAGGAGAUUUAAGAAAACCCUCCCCCGUAAAAUCAGUAGCAGAUUUUAGGAAACCCUCUCCAGGAACUACUGCUGGUGAUUUGAGAAGGCCUUCUCCUGUAAGACUGGCUGGAGACUUGAGAAAACCUUCAUCCCAAAAGCUUGCCCAGUAUACUCAGAACAUUCAUGUAUCUAGGGAUGUUCGCGGUAGCACCGGUUUUGGAAAAUUUCCGUCUUCUAGUCAAGUGGAAGAGAGGUCUGAGGGUAAUUCUAGUCGCAAUGGUAGGGCUGCUACUGAUACCUUUGAUAGGCCGAUGGAGUCCCGGGGUGUCAAACGGUCAUUGGAAGAAGGCAGCAAUGAACCUACAAGGGCUUACAAAAAACCUUCUAUUGCUCCUGUUGCACCUCCAUCGUCCGCCAAUCGAGGUAAUUCAGACUUGGGUGCUGUAAAGUCGACGGAGAAAAAACAGGCGAGCCCUGAUUUAGCUUACAAGUCUCAAAAUCCUGAGACUGGGCGAGGAGGAUCUUCCGAUGGACUAACUCAAUUAGCCGGUCCUAGUGGGAAAGCACCCAGCGGGGAAAACGGUCGUAAACAAAGACCCAUGGGUAAAGGCCACAAAGCUUCUGCAAAGGAAGUCUUAGAACCUCCAAGGGGCCGUGAUUGGAAAUCUAAGACAAGUGCAGGUUUGCUUGGACCUGGAGGUGACAAGAAAAAGGACAAUCUUCAAUCUGAUUUAGGGCUUAGCAAUGGAAAACGUCUGAAGACUUCAUCAAGUCCUGAAGAAGUUUCCAGGAAGCAGUAUUUUGCUCAGUAUGAGAAGGUCACUCCAGAUUUGCGAGGACCCGUUAGGUCUAACGAAGAGGCUGAAGCAUACAGGAAGGAAUACCAAACCAAAUAUUCUGUGUAUCUUCGUCUCCACAAGGACCUUGAGAAAAACAAGGAAAAUUUCCUUUCGUUCAAGCGAGAAAUGGUGCAGCAUCCUGAUAAGCUGCAACAGAUCAGUUCCAAAGUGCGAAGAGAAUUCCACGCGAUUAGAAAGGAAUUCAAACGUAUGCAGAAGACCUUCGACAUUUUGCAUGAAGAACUCCAGACAAUUAAGCAGCAGCUGAGGAACUUUACAGAGAAAGCGGGACAAGGUUGAAGGAUAAGUAUGUUACUUUUGUAUCAAUAAAUGAAUUUGGGGACAAGGCUGUACACUUCGUUUGUGCAGCAUCUUCCAGCACUUGAGGAGACUUUUCUAUCUCAUUCUUUUCAAGCAUCUGUGACAACAUAGUUGUCUCUUGGACAUGGUUUGUGUGAAUUUUAUGUCUUAUGUAAAUUAUGCCACUCCAAUUCUGGGCCCUCAAUGAAUUUCUUGCUAUCAUUCAUCUGCCAAACGUGGAGGAUGAAAGUGCCCAGUCUACCA